UUGCGGCGACACCGGCCUACAUAGGGCGGUGCGCGGCGUGUCCUUGGGCUCACCCGGCGGGACGUGGUGAAAAUGGGAGACAUUGAGAAGGGCAAGAAGAUCUUUGUGCAGAAGUGCUCCCAGUGCCAUACGGUUGAAAAGGGAGGCAAGCACAAGACCGGACCCAACCUGCAUGGCCUCUUCGGACGUAAAACUGGACAAGCCGAGGGCUUUUCCUACACAGAUGCUAAUAAGAAUAAAGGUAUCACCUGGGGAGAGGAUACUCUGAUGGAGUACUUGGAAAACCCGAAGAAGUACAUCCCAGGAACAAAGAUGAUUUUUGCGGGUAUUAAGAAGAAGUCGGAGAGAGUAGACUUAAUAGCAUAUCUCAAAGAUGCCACUUCUAAGUAAAAGUUCUGCUGCCUUAUUUAUUUCACAAAGGAGAUUGCAGUGGAAAUGUCUGUGAUGGUUUUUAAACUUUCUAUUUUUACAUGUACUGUGUCUAACCUUAAAACCUGUCCCACUCACCACAUGACACUUUCAGUGGGUGGUUGAAGUACAUGCUUGUUUGGCAGCCAUAACUUAUGGAAACCGUAUGUAAUUGGGUAAACUGCGAUGAAUAAAAUGUUAAUCAUGGAAUUAAAUGGAGAAAAAAAAACACAUUUUCUGCCUUUUCAUUGUAAAAUGUAUCAAGCAAAUCACUGUCAACUGCAUAAUAGUUUUGGCAGCCCAGCUAUCCAAGAUUUAAAAAGUAGGGUGCAUUUUGUCAGCUUCCACACACAUAAUUUCUUACAUUGCCUGCAAGAUAACAAACAAGAUCAUAUUUUUCUAAUUCUGCUGAAAGCGAUGUGUGGUUGUAUAUAUUCAUCUGGCUAAAGCUUGGGAUGAUAAUGCGAGUUCAUCUGAUUUACUGAGUAUUGCUUGUGAAGUGGCAGUGGUACCAAACCACCCUUUUACCUAGGGGAAGGAUGUUCCCUGUUUACCCAGGCUUUGGCAGCUACAUGUGCCACUAAGGAUGAGACURUGUCAGAAAUAGCUAAAGGUUUUGAAACCCUGUGUUCAAGAACUUUUCAAAAAAUAGCUGCUCGUAGCUUAGUAAAUGGAACAAGAACCUGCAUUCUGCUGGGAAGAUAUCACUCAGCUUGCUCUUCAGCACUUACUAAAUCUUGUUCCUGAAGAGCUAAUCUAACA